AUGGCAUCAAAGCAAGGAAUUAGAGAAGGAACUUGCAUAGUAAAGAGAGCGAAUCAGACAACAAUUACUACAACACACCAAUGUGGAGUUCUUGACCGUUUUGUUGGUUAUGUGUUCUCGCAAGUGGAUAGGCUAUAUGUUAUGACCCAGGAAGAGGAAACAGAGAAUUAUGAUUAUGAGCACAUGAGUAGGCCAAAUGGAGAAGAGCAAGUCCAAACGCAAUAG